CUUACGUCAUUAGAAGGAAACAGGAAGUGCAGCACAGCUGUGUGGCUAACAGAGAAGCUACCAUCACUCAGCUGAGCAAACAACACGCACCGAUUUCAGACUCCCAGUUUAUCAUGGGGAAAGGCGGGGGUACAUUUGAGAGGCUUCUUGAUAAAGCCACCAGUCAGCUGCUGCUGGAAACUGACUGGGAAUCUAUCCUCCAGAUCUGUGAUCUUAUUCGACAAGGGGAUACACAAGCUAAAUAUGCCAUUGGGGCCAUUAAGAAGAAACUGAAUGACAAGAAUCCUCAUGUGGCUCUCUAUGCACUUGAGGUUCUUGAAUCAGUUGUGAAGAACUGUGGCCAGACAGUCCAUGAUGAGGUGGCUAGUAAGCAAACUAUGGAGGAACUAAAGGAUCUACUUAAGAAGCAGACCGAGCCGAACGUCAGAAACAAGAUCCUGUACCUGAUUCAGGCCUGGGCCAAUGCCUUCCGCAAUGAGCCCAAGUACAAAGUGGUUCAAGAUACUUACCAGAUCAUGAAAGUAGAAGGUCAUGUGUUCCCAGAGUUUAAGGAGAGUGAUGCAAUGUUUGCAGCUGAAAGAGCCCCAGACUGGGUUGAUGCUGAGGAGUGUCACCGAUGCAGAGUCCAGUUUGGAGUUAUGACAAGAAAGCACCAUUGUCGUGCCUGUGGCCAGAUUUUUUGUGGGAAGUGUUCUUCUAAAUACUCGACCAUUCCAAAGUUUGGCAUAGAGAAGGAGGUGCGCGUAUGUGAACCCUGCUUUGAGCUUCUUAAUAACAGCCACCCGUCCCUCUCUCCUCCGCUUAGGAAAGCCGAGGGUAAGACAGCGCCUUCAGGCACUGCUGAGCUUCCUCCAGAGUACCUGACCAGCCCACUAUCCCAACAGUCACAGAUGCCCCCCAAGAGAGAUGAGGCUGCACUGCAGGAGGAGGAGGAGCUGCAGCUGGCAAUUGCUCUCAGCCAAAGUGAGGCAGAGGAGAAGGAGCGAAUGAGACAGAAGAACUCUUACUCAGCAUAUCCCAAAACUGAGCCCACUCCUGUGACAUCAUCGGCACCACCAGUCAGUACUCUCUACACAUCCCCUGUGAACUCUUCUGCUCCGUCAGCUGAAGAAGUAGACCCUGAGCUGGCCCGUUAUCUGAAUAGAACAUACUGGGAGAAGAAACAGGAAGAGGCUCGUAAGAGUCCCACCCCCUCAGCCCCGGCCCCUGUGCCUUUGGCUGAGCCCCUGCCAUCAGUCAGUCAGCCUGUAGAAACUCUCAUGCCUGCACAACCUGCCAGCAUAGUGGAGCAGCAGUACCAGAAUGGGGAGUCAGAGGAGAACCACGAGCAGUUUCUGAAGGCUCUGCAAAAUGCUGUCACCACUUUCCUGAACCGCAUGAAGAGUAACCACGUGCGUGGCCGCAGCAUCACAAAUGACAGUGCAGUGCUGUCUCUCUUCCAGUCCAUCAAUAAUAUGCAUCCACAGCUAUUGGACAUCCUCAACCAGCUGGAUGAGAAGAGACUGUACUACGAGGGUCUGCAGGACAAGCUGGCCCAAGUGCGCGAUGCUCGGGCAGCUCUCAACGCCCUUCGAGAUGAGCAUAGAGAAAAGCUUCGCCGUGCUGCAGAAGAAGCAGAAAGGCAGAGGCAGAUCCAGCUGGCACAGAAACUGGAGAUCAUGAGGCAAAAGAAACAGGAGUACCUGGAGAUGCAACGGCAGCUAGCCAUUCAGCGCCUUCAGGAGCAGGAGAAGGAGAGGCAAAUGCGUCUGGAGCAACAGAAACACACAAUCCAGAUGAGAGCUCAAAUGCCUGCUUUCUCUUUGCCCUAUGCACAGAUGCAGUCCUUGCCUCCCAACGUGGCAGGGGGUGUGGUGUACCAGCCUGGUGCUCCACCCAGCUACCCAGGCACCUUCAGCCCUGCUGGCUCAGUGGAAGGUUCACCUAUGCACAAUAUUUACAUGAACCAGGCUGGACAGACUGUUCCCACACAGUAUCAGGCCAUGCCUGGUUCCGCCACAGACCCCAGUAUAGUUAAUCCCUACAUGUACCAGACUGCCGGCAACAAUGGUCAGCCACCACCACCUCCUCCUCCUGGCCAGGCCCCUCCCACAACAACAUCAACCUACUCCAACUACCAGCCAACACCUACGCAGGGCUAUCAGGGUCAGAGUUUGCCCCCCAUGUCCCAGGCAACCCCCACAAAUGGUAUGGGUUACAUGGGCUAUCAGCCAUACAGCAUGCAGAACAUGAUUACAGCAUUGCCAGGACAAGACCCCAAUAUGCCCCCCCAACAGCCCUAUAUGCCAGGCCAGCAGCCCAUGUACCAGCAGGUGGCGCCCCCUGGUGGUCCACAGCAGCCUGCUCAGCAGCAGGCCCAGGCUGUUCUGUCUGUCCCAGGUACCGCAGAAGCACAGCUCAUCUCCUUCGACUGAAAACUGACGAGCUGCAGAAUCUAACACACUACAGCUUCUCCUUCUUUGUCCCCUGGAUGACUCGGAGGUUCCCCUCUGGUUACUCACACACAUCUCUUACCCUCCACUUUACUCUGAUGUUGUGGCAAUGUAACAUAUUGUGAUGAUGUUGCCAAACUGUGGCCCACCUUGCCAGCUGCCAUUGCCCCACUGAAGCAGUGCAAGGGACAGCACCAUAACCCAAACCUUCCAACCUCUUCCUGGCUGGCAAGUAUUUAGUAUUUCCUUUAAUAAAUCAAUAACUGAAACUCAAAUAGUUAGUGGUAUUAAAUUUAAAAUGACUAAGAAAAUAUGACUGUAAGGAAGGCAAGAAAAAUGAUCAAAGCAUAACCUCUCUUGGUCUCAUAUUUUUCUAAUGCAAAAUCUGCAUGCAUUUUUUUUUUUUUUUUUUUAUGAACUGAAAGUGAAUUAUUGCAACUUCAUGUAAAUCUGUUGGCAGUGAUUGCGAAACAUCUGUAUGUGCUCUUUAAUGGAUUGUAGAUUGUGGCUAUAAAUUGAUGUCUGGAGGGAGUAAGCACAUUCAAACGCCUGAAACAAAUGGCACCAAGUCAUCUGCAGUAAGUAGGUUCAUAUGUUGCAGCAUCAGUUUCUGUUCCUUCUUGUGAUCACAAACAGAUGCAAAAUAAGGUCAUAUUAUCUUGUGCAUUAAUUUGGUUAUGCACUAUAUUUUCUAAAAACAUUCUUUUUAUUGAUGAUUUACAGAUAGCUAGUUAGAUGGAUUCAACAUCCAGCCUGCAUGUCUUUAUUCAAAUUUUGUGACACCACAACACCCUAAAAAUGGCGACGUUACUGGAGGUUGCCUCCAGGUGCCCAGCCCAUGUGAAUUUGGUUAUAAUUGAGUCAUAAAUGAAGGUAUAUAUGUUAAAAGCACAGGUUGGCAGUCUUUUUUUUUUUUUUUUUUUUUU